AUGGCAAUGUUUGUCAAGUUGGCCGUGCUCCAGGGCUUGGCAAGUGGUGGAGGUGAUGCACUGAGGUCCCUACAAGACAUCAUGGGAUGUGAUUUGCCUUUUGGUGGGAAGGUUGUGGUGUUUGGAGGAGAUUUUAGGCAGGUCCUUCCAGUGGUGACGCGUGGGACAAGAGCGCAGAUCACUGACGCCACACUACGGAGGUCUCAUUUAUGGGAGAAGAUUAGAAAGAUACGUCUCACGCGUAAUAUGAGGGCACAAACUGACCCGUGGUUCUCCAGUUACCUCUUGAGAAUUGGGAAUGGAAGAGAAGAGACGAUCGGUGGCGAUUAUGUGCGUCUUCCGGAUGACAUUGUUAUUCCUUACACUUCUACAGAAGAACCAGUGAACAAGCUUAUUGAAGAUGUCUUCCCAUCGCUUCAUGAAAACGCCGCAUCUGGAUCCUACAUGAGCUCACGUGCCAUUCUUUCAACCAAGAAUGAACAUGUGGACAAUCUAAAUACAAAGAUGAUUGAAAGGUUUCCUGGAAAAGAAAAUGUAUAUUAUAGCUUUGACUCUGUCGAAGAUGAUGCACGCAAUAACUACCCAAUUGACUAUCUAAACUCCAUAACUCCAAAUGGCCUGCCCCCGCAUCUUCUGAAACUCAAAGUCAAUUGUCCUGUCAUUCUCCUCCGAAAUCUCGAUCCUCACAACGGGUUGUGCAAUGGAACAAGAUUGAUGAUUAGAGCAUUUCAAGAUAAUGCAAUUGAUGCAGAGAUUGUUGGUGGACAACAUGCUGGAGAUAGAGUGUUUAUACCGAGGAUCCCUUUGUCGCCUUCGGAUGACAUUUCACUUCCGUUCAAAUUCAAGAGGAAACAGUUCCCCAUACGGUUGAGUUUUGCUAUGACCAUCAACAAAGCCCAAGGGCAAACCAUUGCAACUGUUGGUAUUUACCUCCCUGAACCUGUAUUCUCGCAUGGCCAGCUUUAUGUUGCACUGUCGAGAGGUGUGUCAAGGCAGAACACUCGGAUUUUGGCCAAGCCAAAUAAUGACAUAGAUCCCACUGGAAAAAGCACGAAGAAUAUUGUGUACAGGGAUGUCUUGGAGGGAUGA